UUGUGCAGAGAUCCUGUGGUUAAGUUAAUAAUUUAACUAAUGAACCUAGUAUGUUCCUCCUGAUCAUUGUAGAUGCACUACUGACACUCCUAUGCGUGGCAGCUGGUGCUAGCCCAUCCUCCUUCGCUCACGGUUCACACAUUGGUUCUGCAGUUGGUGCCGGUCAGCCUCGUUCGUCUUCCAGAGAAUCGCUUUCCAUUAAAGAUUUGCUACGCGCCAAGUUCGGCCGAGGUUUCGAAGGGAACGAGCUGUUAACUUCAAGUACCCCUUUAUCGCAAGAGCUGGAGCCUCUCAAUAGAAAAAAUAGAACGGAAAAAUUUAGUCAAGGAAACUCUGCAACGUUAAUAGCAGGAUUUUCAAGUCAUCGGCACCACGGCACGACUGCGUCUCUUAUCAAUGAAGCUCGCGUCAGAACAUACGAAAAUCACCACAAUCCAACAAUAUAUAAUUUUCCGUCUUUAGGCACCGUCGUCACUUCUAAACUAACCAAACCACUGGAACAGACUGAUCAACUAACCGAACCUGGUCCAGGUUCAAAAUACCAAACACCUAACGGGCUGGAGAGUCCUAUAUCGGGACCCACGGCCUCUGAUUUGACGGCUCUGCUAGAUUUAUAUCCAACACACCUUUCACCCCUUGCCUUGAAAGAGCCGCUGCUCCACUCAGGAGCUCCAGCGUCUGCAGGCUUAUUCAGUCCGCAGGUUCCGACAACUACUCCCUCAAUUGGGUCCGAGAAGCAAAGCUCGGUGUCGUUAGACUCGCCUCAGUUGUUUCUUCCUCCAGAAUUCAUACCGUUUGAAAAUGAUUCAAACACUGAGAACGGAGUCCACUCAACGGAUUUUCCCACUUUCUUCCCCAACGACCCUGUAAAUUCAACAACCAUUGAUAACGGACAGUCUCCUAACUUCCCGUUUGAACCACCAUUAAAUCUCAACACCGAGCCACCAUUCCCCAUCAUUCCGCCUACCGGAAUUUUGCCUUUCGAUCCAAACUUUCCGGGACCAGCUACGCCGCAGCGGUUCCAGCCUGCCGUUGGUGGCAGCUGCAUCUCUUUCACUGGAGAGCGAGGCCUGUGUCUACCCCUGGACCGCUGCCCGCCUCUACGCCCGCUGGUCCAGCAGCUGCAGAAUAAGCAGCUGUUUCUGUUGUUACUCAACAACGUCUGCAGGUUCGCGAACAGUGAUAUCUUUUUCUGCUGUGAGUUGCCCGCCUUCCAGUCCGGCGACGUCGCGCUUGCUGACGCGCGGCUACCAGCGUCGCUUAGGGCGCCGCUCACGGUCGCCCCAGGGCCGAACCACGACUGCGGCCGACGGCUCCGGAGCGGCAAGAUCAUUGGCGGCAGUGCGAGCACAGAGAACGAGUGGCCGUGGCUUGCGGCCGUCGGGAGGCCGGCGUCCGACAAGAAGUUCGUGGCGGACUGCGUCGGGUCGCUCGUUACGCGCCGCCACGUCGUGACCGCAGCUAGCUGCUUCGUCUUCCCCGAGUACUUUCAGUCGACGCACGUGCGGUUGGGGGAACACGACCCCCAGCGCCAGGACACGCGCCCGCACGAGGACUUCGUAAUCGUUGGGAGGAACGAACCUGGUUUCUUGGCGCCCACCGGCCAGAACAACAUCAUGGUUCUCACCCUCGACAGAGAGGUGGUUCUCAAGGAUCACAUCCUCCCCAUCUGCCUGCCUGAUGUCGGCGACGAGAGUCCGACACCCGACGAAGACGUCACAGUCGCAGGCUGGGGGCUGACCAGCCUUCCCGACGAGCAGCAGACAGUGGCGGGAGACGGUGGUCCCCGCCACAUCGAGCAGGUGGUGGGGGCGGUGGGACGCUGCCAGGCCGCCCACAGGGACGCCAGGGGCGGCGCCCUCGUGGCCGACCACCGCAACAUCUGCAUCCUGCGACACGGCGCCCCCGGCGUCUGCAUCGGCGACACGGGGGCGCCGGUGAUGCAGCGGCCGGAGGGGGGGCGCUGGACCCUCGUGGGGGUGGUGGCCUCGGCCGCCGGGUGCCUUGACGGACACCGCCACACGCUGGCCACCAAACUGUCCACCUACCUGCCCUGGAUACGUUACGUGACCGCGCUGGAUAUAUACUGCUAA